AUGACAAAUUCUAUGAAUUCUCCUUCUUUCAACAAAAAUAAUUCUGGAAUGCUUAUUAACGAUAUGAAUGAAUUACAUCUUCUAGAAAAAUUAAUAGAAUACCAAUCUGAAAUUCAAGAUGAAUUCGAAGAUUAUAUAAAUAACACUGGAUCUUCAAAAUCAUACGCAUCCUCCUAUCAUCAUCGUCAUAAUCAAUGCACCAGUGAUAAUAAUAAUGACGAAAAAGCUCCUUUAUUAUCAUUGGAUGAAGACGAAGACUUGGAAGCAGCAGGUGAUGAUGCAGAAGCUUUAAUGAAAAAGAACGAAGUGAUUCGAUCUGCUAUCGAGAAAAUAAAAAAAGUUACAGAGGAACAAGAAAAAGAAUUACACACGUAUGUUCAAGCCGGUAAUAGACCUCUAAUCGAUUAA